CCCGGCCUCGACUGGCAGAACUGUCUGUGAGAACAACACUGCAUUUCAGUAUAGCGUGAUUGAAUCACUAGUAGCUAGUAAAAAAGUAUCAUCAUGCUGGCAUUACAAUUCAGAACCAUUCAGAGAACAUACAGUGUAUUCGUACUCUGAAUUUAAUAUAUUGUAAUAUUGUUUCCGAAAGUAAUACUAAACAUAAAGUAAAAGUUUCAAAAAAUUAAAAAACUGAUAAAGACAAUGCAGUUUGUGACUAAAAACAAUCAACAUAAAAAAGUAUCCAUUGAAGUUGGAUUCGAUUAAAUAUACAGGAUAUUUUUACUUCUGAUGUGAAAUUGAAUGAAUCCUUAGACAAUCAAUUUUUAAAAUGGGGAUUGUUGGAUUAACAACAUUUAUAUCAAAUCAUUCUGAGCAUUAUCAUGCAAAUUACGCACUACAUGAUACUUAUUUAGUAAUUGAUGGUAAUAGUAUAGCAUGUCAAUUAUACAUGUGGCAUGCGAAAUGUAAUAGUAUCUUUGGUGGUGAUUAUGACAAGUAUGCGCAAUGUGUAUCAGAUUUUUUCGAUGAGUUAUUAAUGUGUAAUGUCAUUCCCUUGGUCUUAAUCGAUGGUGGUUGUGAAAACAAGAAAUUGAAAACAGUUAUAUCUCGAACUAAAGAUAAAAUUGAAAUGGCGUCACGUUACACUCUCCAUUUUCAGCAAAGAGCAAAAUUCUUUCCUCUUCUUAUGAAAGAAGUCUUCAAAGAUGUCAUGAAUGAAAAAGGUAUUAAAUAUACACAAUGCAUAUUUGAAGCAGAUAAUACCAUAGCUACAAUAGCACGUGGUCUCAAUUGUCCUGUGUUGAGUUACGACUCUGAUUUCUACAUUUAUGGAUCAUUGUAUAUACCAUUCGACACAUGGGGAAGUGGUGUAGUUCCUAAUCCAACAGGCAGUGGCUCUAUGAAAUAUUGCAAAAUUUAUAAUGUUGAGAAGCUUUUUCGAGCUUACAAUGGAUUGAAUCAGACUUUGUUGCCUUUGGCAGCAAUAUUAUUAGGAAAUGAUUAUGUGAAGCAACAUACGUUUAGAAAUUUCUUCCGUCAUUUGAAAUUACCGCGGAUAGGAAGAAAAAAAUUUAACGAACAACAACGGCGCAUAGAUGCUACAUUUAAUUGGCUACGGAAACUCAGCUUAAAUCAAGCUGUAAUAGGAAUACUAAGUAGACUGCGAAGACAAGAACGCAAACGUGUAUUAAAUAUAAUAGAAACGAUGAUAAAUGGUUCAUACAUGACACGUGUACCACAGAGUAUUUUACAUAUACUGGGUAUUCUCACACAGAAAUUUUUGAAAGCACAGUUGCUGAAUAUAUCCAAAACAUACAAAUUUGAAGGAGAUAUAUACAAUUUGACGUAUAUUGACGAAAGGACAAAUGAAACAGAGUCAAGCAAUGACGACGAUGAAAUCGAAGACAAAGAAAUAGUAAGCGUACUUGCAGGAAGAGAGACAGUGUCAUGUCCUGAAUUUGAGAUUAGGAAUUUGCCAAAGUGGUUUAUCAGUGAAUUCAAGCUUGGUAGAUAUCCUUCUUACUUUAUAGACAUCAUCAUGCGAAAGUUGUACGUUUGUCCAACGCAAAUUGAAGAUCAUUCAUACGCCUCAUCUGUCAAUGCAAGCUUAAACAUUAUAAGCGUUAUUUAUGAAUUACUGAUGUCAGAAAGACCCUACCUUACUGGAUUGAUGAGUCGACAAGCAACUUCGAUGGAUUAUAUGGAAUAUCUGACGCGAUAUAAGGACACAAUUAAGUGUUUUCGCUUGACGUACGACCGUCAACUAAUCAGUUUUGAACAUUCACGUUUCAUCAAUUUUAGAACAUUACCAAUACUCGCGCGAAAAGAAAUUUUGGAUGAUACUUUUAAAAUUACAUACACCGAUAAAAGUUGUAUAUAUAAAAUUCCACCAAACUGGAAAUUAUAUAUUGCAACCAUGAAAUACUGGAUAAAUCAAGAAGAAGAAUCAUUUAAACUCAAUUGUCAUAUAUAUUCCUUAUUAUUCACUAUAUUAUAUAACAUAAUAGAUAACAAAAUAGGUUUCCAUAGAAUUCUACACAAAUUUCAUCAUAGAUACGAUAAACUUGUGAAAGAAAUUCAAAAUACAAGGAAAGUGCAAAAUUACCAGCCAAAAUAUUCGGACAAAACUACACUCAUUAAUGCACUUCAGGAAGUUAAUGUAGACGAUUGUUGGAUUGCAGCUUCAUUUUUUGUAUCCAAUUUUGAGACAAAUCAAAAACUUUAUUUGCAACCAAAAAAAUUUAAUAUUACUAUUGUUCACAAUUUUGCAGUGUUCCAAAAUUGUUUAAGACAUGGCAUGCAUUUAAAUGCUCUGCUAGAAUAUCCAUAUGAACAAACCAAGGUUGCUAGCGUGUUCAAUGGUACAUUGCUGUACAAUCUGUGCAGCAAUUUUAAAAAGCGCGAUAAUGUUGAAGAGUACAUUAAUACAGUUUUGCAAAAUUCUCCGAGUUUAUUGCGGCUAUUUAAUAUACUUUUAUCGACAGUCAAACCUUUGUUUGGUACGCUAUUGGAAAAGAAAGUUAAUAAGUCUAAGAAACGAAAAGCGAGAAGAGAUAAAAAAAAAGAGGAAAGAGACACUACACAGGAAGAUCAUGAUGAAGAAGAAGAAGCUGAAACGACACAUGAAAGCAGUAGCGAAGAAGUCUUUCACGAUGUAAAUAAUCCUUUUUCAAUACUAGGUGCUACGCAAAAUUAGGAUUUCCGUUGUACAUAAUAAUCAAACUACAUUUCUCUAUCAACAUGUAUUUAGCUAUCCUAGCUAGUAUGAAAAAAAAUAGACAUUUUUAAUUAAUUUGA